CUCCAUCUCUGCCACCGUGCCUCUCUCUUUCUGGACUUGUCUUUAUUUGGCACUCCCGGAAGCUACAGGGCAUUUCUCUGCCUGCCUGCCCGGGCAGCUGAUGUGACUGACUGACACCGGCUCCCGCUGAGGAGGAGGAGGAGGAAGAGGAGGAGAAGGAGGAGGAGAAGAAGGUAGAGCAGCAGCGAGGCGAGGGGAGGGGGGGGAGCGAGUGACCGGCCACGGAUUUUCAUUGCAGAGAGGAGGGGGGGAGGAAAAAAAAAAAAAAAAGAGAGACUACACGGGUCAUCAAAACAGAAUGGCAGAGACUCAUGGGUUGAUGGAGAGGCUGGAGAAAGCAGUGACUCGGCUUGAAUCAUUAUUUUCAGAUUCACACAAAUCUGGUGGAAUGGAGUGUGAUGCCAUCAAUGGAGUCAAUGGAAGCAUAGCACCAUAUGUUGAAGCUUUUGAUCGGCUGCUGAAUGGAAGUGUUGCUGAGUUUCUCAGGUACAGCAAGAUCCUUGAAGGUGAUGUGAAGACACAUGCAGAAAUGGUACGUGCUGCUUUCCAAGCACAGAGAUCUUUCCUGGUGCUGGCAUCUCAAUGUCAAGAGCCUCAAGAGAAUGAGGUGGCAAUGCUUCUCAAGCCAAUAUCAGAGAAGAUUCAGGAAAUCCAGAACUUCAGAGAAAGGAACAGAGGAAGUAAUAUGUUCAACCACCUCUCAGCUGUCAGUGAGAGCAUUCCAGCCCUUGGGUGGAUAGCAGUGUCUCCUAAACCAGGCCCCUAUGUCAAGGAGAUGAAUGAUGCUGCUACCUUUUAUACUAACAGGGUAUUAAAGGACUACAAGAACAGUGACACACGUCAUGUUGAUUGGGUGAAGUCAUAUCUGAACAUCUGGUCUGAGCUUCAAGCUUAUAUCAAAGAGCAUCAUACCACAGGUCUCACCUGGAGUAAAACUGGUCCUGUCGCAUCACCCAUGUCUAUGCGAUCUGUUCUUACAAGUGGGUCAUGCCUCUCCCCACCACCGCCACCACCACCACCACCACCUGGACCUCCCCCCAUCUUUGAUACAGAGUCCAUAAAGGAUGAAGGAACUGCAUCUCGCUCAGCACUGUUUGCACAGCUUAACCAGGGAGAGGCAAUUACCAAAGGGCUUCGGCAUGUCUCUGAUGACCAGAAGACUCACAAGAACCCAAGUCUACGCAACCAAGGUCCCCCUGUUCGUUCUCCAACAAAAAGCCAUACUCCAAGUCCCACCUCUCCCAAGAACUCCCCACAGCAGAGCCAUGCCCCUGUCUUGGAGCUAGAGGGAAAGAAGUGGAGAGUGGAAUAUCAAGAGGAUAAGAAUGAUCUGGUCAUUAACAACACUGAACUCAAGCAAGUAGCCUACAUUUUUAAGUGUAACAAAUCUACACUUCAAAUUAAAGGAAAAAUCAAUUCAAUUACUAUUGACAACUGUAAAAAGUUUGGCCUUGUGUUUGACAACGUUGUGGGAAUCGUGGAAGUGAUCAAUUCCAGGGAUAUUCAGAUUCAGGUGAUGGGUAAAGUGCCAACCAUUUCUAUUAACAAAACAGAAGGCUGCCACAUCUACCUCAGUGAGGAAUCUUUAGAUUGUGAGAUCGUGAGUGCCAAAUCAUCUGAGAUGAACAUCCUCAUCCCUCAAGAGGGUGAUUAUAAAGAAUUUCCAGUUCCUGAACAGUUCAAGACAGCAUGGGAUGGAUCUAAAUUGGUCACUGAACCUGCAGAGAUUGUGGGCUGACUUCCUCAUGCCAUACAGCACUUGCUGACCAUGACCAGACCACAGCCAGCAUAAACAAAGCAGUAAUGUAAAGAACUAGAGGUAGCAGUAGUUCACACUGCUGUCAUAGACCCUCAAGUGUUAGCUCUGCAUGCUAGGAACAAUAACACAUCUGGCACGCUUUUGUUAGGCAUCCCAGUAUUUUUCACAUUUCCACAGUGUGACUUCACUCACAAUUUUAAUUCUACAUGAUGUCAUGUGAAUAUAACAGAUUUAAGCCCCCACCCUCCAGUCACUUCACUGGUUUGAAAUACUGUAUACAUUAAGCCAAAAUACUGCAUGAUACACUUUGUUACCAUCUUGCUUCAGUGCAUUCCUUUUUCUGUUUCUGCUAAUCAAGAACAGCAUUAAGACUUUAAGAUGUUUAUUUUUACCUGUUAAGCACUUCCUCUAUAAUGCAGUAAAAAUGUACCCCUAGAAAGUAUGCAGUUCCUUGUAGUUCUGUGACAAUCGUAAUAGGUUUUGUUUUGUUUUGUUUCAAACAAGCAAAAGGACAACUUUCAGCAAUGCAUUUUACUAACAAAAGAUUUUAAAAAUUGAUAUUUUAAUCGAACACUUUUCUAAUAUGUAUAUUUAGAAGAUCCUGAUGUUUUCUUGUGAGAGAAGAUUUUAUUAUGGUCCACAGACUUGAUGUUGCCCUUAUUUCUUGCCAAUUAGUAAUUCUUUCUAAGCUAAACCCUUGCAGCAAAUCACUUGAAGGCUUUUUGCUCCUUUUUUUUUUUGUGAGACAAUCUCUCACUCUUUAAAAUUUCACAUUGUGUCUUGCAUCCUAAUUAGAAAAACAAGGGAGACCUUAAUGUCCAUUUCUUUACUAAUAACAUUAAUUUAAAAUAUUGCUAUUGUAGCUCAUAUUAAUUUAAAAUAUCCUCCUGUUUCUCCCCCACAUUUGUAGGACUUACUUAGUUUCAAAUACUUCGACAAAGUAAAGCCAUAGAUUUAUGUCAUUCUAAUUCUAAGCCCAAAUAAAGGGGUUAUUUCCUAUCUAGCCCUUUGACCCUACUUUGUAGUCCCUAUUUUACCUGCUUUUUAACAAAAGUGGAGUGUUGUAUACAUUUGUACUAUUUCAGCCCACAGUACUAAUAAAAUGUUAAAAAUUUUAA